AUGAAGAUCCGUCCCAUGCAAAACGUUCACUUCCCGAAGCGAAAGAAAGAGCCUCGUAAGGCUGGACUUCUUGACAUCAUGAGAGGUGCUUCAUGUAUUGACUACGCCUUUCUUCUCACCGGUAUUGUGUUUAGCAUCGUCAACGGAGCUAUCUUGCCGUUCAACUCGCUUAUAUUCAAAGGAAUGGCAGACACGCUGAUUGCUGGCGAAAGAAAUCACUCAAGAAACGAGCUCGACAUUGAGGUGUUCUCGUCAAAUGUGCUAUUCUAUUGCGGACUCUAUCUCGGCCUCGGAGUUGCACUUCUUGCAUUCGGAUACAUCGCCGUGAGGAAUAUGAUAACCUACGAUAUAAGCACAAGAGUGGUCCAGCCCAAGUGCAGUGAGGAGUUUUGGGGAGGCUUUUGCUGA